AUGUCCCAUAAAAUAUGGCAAUUAAAUCACCUUAGAGAAUUCACCUUAGAAGGUCAAAAUCUGAAGAUUGAAACGAAUGCUUUUGCUGGCCUUACGCAAGUCGAUUUUUUUAAUUUAUUCGGUGUGAAUUCAUUUGGUUCACGACCAUUUGAAAAUGUUUCCAGAGUGCACAGGCUUGAAAUCAGUCGUUCGCAUUUUUCCAUUUCACCUGGUAUAUUUACGGCUUUAUCACAUGUACGAGAAAUUCAUAUCAUCUCAAAUGACAUUGAUACUAUCAGUACGGGAGCAUUUACUGGUCUUUAUACAAUUGGAUGCUUAACAAUGAGUGAUAACAAAAUUGGGAAUAUUUCGGGUCAUGCAUUUGCAACAAUUGUCAAUAUCGGAGAGAUUAUUAUUGAACGUAACAAUAUACGACAUUUGGAAACGGAAGCUUUGUUAAGCGAAGCAUGGCAAAUUAGAUUUCAGGAUAAUAUAUUGUACUGUAGUUGUGUCAUCAAUUGGCUCAAACAUAUCAAUGCCUAG